AUGGCCCGGCUAUGGCUCUUGGCUGUUGGCUUUGCGAUUGCAGCGGCAUCCAAUGCAGAGAUGCAGCAGGCCAUUCUUGCCCGCAAUGCGACAGCCGUCCAAGAGCUGCUGGAGUCUGGGCAGGUAGACCUCCGCACCUGGAUAAACCCGGAGUUUGGAACAACUUUCGUGAUUGAUGCCGCCCUCGUUCCAAACAACACCAUCGUCCUCCGACUCUUGCUCGAAGAAUGGCCGGAAGGAGCUAUUGCAACGGAUGUGACCUAUGGCGCCACACCUCUGAUCGGUACAGCUAGCUUCGGCAUGUUCGAAAACGCAAAGCUGCUGAUGGAGGUGUCGCCAGAAGCACUUCCGGCUGUCGAUGUGUACGGGAAGACAGCUGGGCACGUUGCGGCGGAGUUUGGACAUUUUCACAUUCUCCAGCUGUUUCUCGGACACUGGCCUGGAGGGUUGCUUAUCGAAGACAUGAAUGACCAGACGCUCAUGAACUACGCAGCCUGCGGCGUUGUGAUUUCGGUGGGCUGCAACGGCACCAUGCUGCAGCCCUGGAAGGAGGUAGGCCUGAGCCUGGAAUGUAAGCACCUAGACCUGCUGAAGAGGCAGGACCUGGAGCUUUGGCUGCAGUGCGGUGGCGACCUGAGGGUUCAACCAUUUGGGACACCGCUCUUAACCCACCUGAAGGAUGAGGAGGCUAUUCAGUUUUGGCAGGAUGUGGUGGAAUCUGAGCUCUCCGGGGUGAUUGUGGAAGACAGGGGCACCUGGAUAGCUCUAAGCGCCGCCCUCGUUGCUGCUGUUGCAACCGUAGGCCUGGAGCAUUUGUAUGCCAAGCUCUGGCAGCCAGCUGACGGAGCUGAGCGCAGUCCGUUUCAGCGAGGUGCAAGCACAUUGGCGUGCAAGGCUUUCGGGGCCAAUGUGGGGCUUCGCAAAGUCUGGCGUCUAGUCGAGGUUUACUGGUUCAUGAUAGUUGUUGGCCUGCGUCCGCUGGUCUUUUAUUGGGCGUCAUGGUAUCCAAUCGUGGCAGUGCUUUAUGUCGUCCCCGGCAUCGUUGCUUAUGGCGCGAUGCCAGUGCUUCGCAACCCAGUUCUGGUCCUCACCACAAACAAUCUGGCGAGCUAUGUGUUUGGCCUUCUGCGAGUGAUAGUCUUUCAGAUUCUGUUCCGGCUUGUGAUUGAUUAUCAGUUGGGACGUUGGUUCACAUUACCGACAAGUGAGACUGACGUCAUGGUCCGUCCAAUAGAUGUCUCCUAUUGGCUAUCCUGGCUGGUUGGCCCGGACUUUGCAACAUGGUUUGAGCAAAAGCCCUUGACGCUCUGGCAGGAGAGCAACUUGCAGGACGAUAUCCCCUGGGCGCCAUCCAUCAUGGCCAACGAUAUCUUUCAGGUCCUGAAUCGUAUCGCCGACUAUAUGCCGUGGCUGUAUUGCUUUUGUCUACUUGUGGCAAUUCUGCACAGCCUGGGAAGGAGUCAUGCUCAAACAGCAACAAUUUGCUGUGGAGACUUGGGUCAAAGCAUCACCAGGCAGGCAGAUGAGAUUCAACUCGCAGUUCAGGAACUCCUUCAAAAGGAAGUUGGGCAAUUUCGAGAAGUGAACCCGAAGAUCAAGCCCGUGGUAGGCUGGGGGUGGCCCUGGCAGGAUGUCGGCAUUUAUCCCAAAGUUGCGUUCAUGUUGCUGGACAUGGCCCUUGACAUCAACACCAUCGUUGCAUUCCUGUCUGAGGGAAGCACCGGCUUUGCUGGCAUCAUGGCUUUCGUGGUGGCACGAAGUAUCCUGAAUCAGAUGCGCAUUCUUCGGCCGUGGAACCUCCCAAAGGCCGCCCAGCCCUUGCAGUCGUUAGCCAUCUUCAAAACGUAG